AUGCCGGGCGUGGGGGCGAUCGGGGCGCGGUGCAGGCACCGGCCGCGCAGGAGCCCCAGGAAGAGCCCCAAGGCGGAGCCGGGCCAGGCCGGGGCCGCCAUGGACGCGGCGAUCUGGAUCUACCAGUUCCGGCUGAUCGUGCUGGGCGACUCCACCGUGGGCAAGUCCUGCCUCCUGCACCGCUUCACCGAGGGCCGCUUCCCGGGGCCGCUGCACUCCGAUCCCACCGUGGGGGUGGACUUCUUCUCCCGGCUGGUGGAGAUCGAGCCUGGCAAGAGGGUCAAGCUGCAGCUCUGGGACACGGCGGGGCAGGAGCGGUUCAGAUCAAUAACACGCUCUUACUAUCGCAAUUCUGUGGGUGGCUUACUAGUGUUCGACCUCACAAAUCGACGAUCUUUUGAACAUGUGAAAGACUGGCUAGAAGAAGCAAAAAUGCACGUGCAGCCCUUUCAGAUUGUGUUCCUAUUAGUAGGGCACAAAUGUGACUUAGUGUCACAGCGUGAGGUUACAAGAGAAGAAGCUGAAAAGCUGUCAUCUGACUGUGGUAUGAAAUAUAUAGAAACUUCAGCAAAAGAUGCCACAAAUGUUGAAGAGUCCUUUACAAUUCUUACACGAGACAUCUAUGAACUUGUAAAAAAUGGAGAAAUCUCAAUACAAGAUGGAUGGGAAGGUGUCAAGAGUGGCUUUGUUCCAAAUGUUGUCCAUUCGUCAGAAGAAGCUGUAAAGCCCAGAAGACAGUGCAUCUGCUGAAUUUGUAGCAUGCCAAAGAGCCCAUGGGGUGUUCAGAAGAUGAUGCCAACCUAAAUAACAGAAUAAUGGUUUUGAAACAGUAUUAGAUCAUGAUAUAGCUGAAUCAUAGAACAGUAAUUUGGUUUUGUAUCCUUCUGUCUAGGUCAUAAUUCAUAAAACUUUAAGUGCUUUUUUUCUUUACAGAGUUCAAUAACUUUAUGUGGUCUUCAGAAAAAGAAAUUAUAUAUUGCUAAAGGGAAGACUAUGGCAAGACACUGAGAAAGCGCAAUAAUCAUCAUGACAACAUCCUCGCUUGGGCUUUGUAUUUUGAAUACUGUUUAAAAUUCAAGGCUUGAUAGGUGAGGAUCAGAUGACCUCAUUACUUUUGUUCGUCCUGCCUUAGCUUUGGACAAGCAAGUAUUACACUUUUUUAAUGUGAUUCUUUACUCAAGUGCAGGGUUGCUAAUGACUAUUAAAGUUUAGAAUGCUGUAGAAUUUGAUAAGAAAGAUAACUCUAAAGAAAGCAAACUGAAAGAUUGCUCCAAUAGCAAACACUUUUGAUAUGACUAUGAAUACAAGCCUUACUAAAGAAAAAGAAUGUUUUAGAAAAGAUUAUUUAUUUGUAUACAAAAAUGGGGAAUAGAAACAAUGGAAUUUAUUAUUAAAUAUUUUCUGAAUUGCCAAUGAAACUAAACAUAUGAUCCGGCUGUUAUUUGGCUUAUAUACAAAACAGAUUUCCCAACCACUGGACAUACAUUUCGGUGACCAGAUUCUCAGCUGGGUAAUUAUCAUAGUCACACUGAUGCCUAAGGAAUUAGGCUAAUUUACACAAACAAAUUCCAUAUUAGCUUUAAAAAAUGAAUUUACUUCUAACUAGAAGUAAAAAUAAGUUAAAAAGUGCUGCAACCCAUGGGGACCCAGGCCUUAAAUUUGAAUAGAGCAAGGACUGUUUUAUUCUUAGCCAGCAAAUGUUACACCAUUGUCUAAAAUAGGAAGGUUUUAAACUAAAACUGUUAUGAGUAGAGCAUUCAUAGAGGAAAGAAUUUCUAAAAUAAUGUUUGGGUACAGAGAGCAAAGUUAGAGAACCCCUAUUCUAAGAAAGCUACCCAUAAUAGCUUUUAAUAACAAGAAUAAUAGGAGAAAUCUGUGAACAUGUAGCAUUUACUGAGCUUGAGGUCAUCUUCCUACUCCUCUGAAUAUAACACACACUAGCUUUAUGCAAACUAGGUCUAGCACUUAAAUACCAAAUAAAUCUAUUUCUAUUUUAUUGUAGUAGUAUAAAAGAUAACUCGAUCUUCAGAGUUGAUAAGCAUCUACAGUUUAUCUGGGCAUAAUCAUAACCACUGAAUAUCAAGACAGUUUUCUUCAUAUAAAGGUGUGUUAUCAUGUACAGUACUCCAUUUUCAAGUUCAGACAACAAGUCUAUCUAAUCUAGUUUUUGUUUUCAACAAACAUAUAAUUGGGUUUUCCUCGAGUUACUUUUAGGUUCUUUUACAAUAAUUUAUUUAAUAUUCCAUAGCAUAGAGACAGGUUGUUUGGUUCCAGUUACUUUAUACAUUUAGGGCUACUAAAAUUAUUGACUUUGAAGACAACUGAAAGGUUAAGUUUUUCUAUAGCCUGAGUCUUGCACUGAGGCACAGUUACACUGUCAUGGAAUGAUACAGAGGCCUUAAUAUAAGGAAUCAGCCUUAAUUCAUUAGCAAUUAAAUCAGUUAGUUAAUUCUAGUCUCAAUGUGCCACAGUGAUUACUGCAAGCCUGAUUCUCUAUUAAAGUGCAUAUAUUAGUAAUUGACACCAAAUCAACUUUGAUUUGAGGGCAUUUUAGGCCCUCUUUACAAAGUAAACAUGACUAUAGAUGCCAAAAGGUAGUGCAGAAUCAGGCUGUGUGCGUUUGACACUGAUUCCCUUAUGAUACUAGGCCCAUGUCGUGUAUCUCAGAUCUUCUCUACAUUGUUUAAGAGGACAGAAUGGGCCAAGAUAUAAAUCAGUGGCUGGGGAGUCAACAGACCCAAAGUCUACCAUUGGUUCAUCGUGUGUCUCUGAGAAAGGCAUUUACAUUUUCUGUGCCUCACCUUCUGUAAUUUAAAUAUAGAGAUGAUUGUUCUUCCUCAAAUUCACAAAGACUGCUGAGACCUGAUCAGACUAUGAUUUUCAGUCUGGAAUCUAUCCUCUGUGUGCUACCUGUUGUGGAGUGUUUAGCAUCAUGAGAUGUGAAUGCUGGUUUCUUCUGACAUACCUAAAUUAAUUAAAAAAGAAAAAAAUGAUAAGUGCCAGGUAUUGCUAUUACUAUGAAUCAACAUUUCUUUACACAUUUCAUUAAAUUUGGAUUAAAUUCUUUUAUCUUAAAUUUUUCUUCCUGAAUACUCUGGAGACAAUGAGCUUUUCAUUCUGUAUAAAAACAAUUGGGUGUGUUGGGGGGGAAAAGACUGGGAUAAGAGGAGAAUGGAAGGGAGGUAUGCACAGAGAAAUAAACAAUCAUCGGAACAGAGCCUUAACCUCUACUGUCAAUAUUGUACCUGUGAUGUUACAUUUAUUACACUGGGAAUAGAGCUUUUAACCAGAUUCAACUGUGUAAGGAACUGGUAUUGUCAAUGCAACUAGAAGAGAAGUUCACUGCAUUUUAAAGUACUGUGCACAUAGUUGUUUUAUUUGUAAUUCCUAAAAAUGUAGAUUAACAUGUACUUUCAUACAUUGUCUGUCUUUAUGAUAUAUUAAACCACUACUGUACCUUCUCA